GCAAGCGGAGAGGGAGAGAGAAAGGGAGAGUGAGAGGCAGGGGGAGGAGCAGGUGCCCGGAAAGGGGGAGAGGAGGCAGGAGGAGGCCAGUUACAAGGGGGAACAGGUUGACCUGUCAUUCAGUGCCAGGAAUAGAAAAGGGCCUGCAAGCCGCGAAGCAGCUCCCACAAGCAGAGAGAGUCGACAGGGAAUGCCAGCAGCGCGCUCCUAUUCAGAGAGCCUGCUCACCACCAGACUACAACAGAUACAACAGCUACAACAGCAACAACACGGUAUACUGCACAGAGUUGCACACAGCUCCCAGCCAGAGACAGCCAGAGGAGGUGGACCUGGACCUAUCAAGAAGUUGCAGCAAGAGCCCAAGCACAAGCCUGCGAUACCUCAGCUCGGGAGCUCCUUUCCUGGACGCAUCUCAGCCGACGGCCCCAGCUCCAGCAUGGGCAGUGAGCUGGAUGAGGAGGACAACGAGGUGAAGUGGUUCAGUGACGUGGCCUUCCGCAGCCUGUCCUCUGGAUCCCCUCAGGUGGACUACCUGGACAUGUACAACUCCAGUCACUGCUCCUCCACCGGAGCCUCCCAGCCCUCCACCCAGGACAGCCCAGCGGGGGCUAAUGCAGCCUGGCUGGCCUAUGCCGACCUCAGGGGGUCUGCUCCACGGCUGGACAAUGAAGACUUCCCAGUUCCACGCCAGCAGCUGCAGCCCUCCUCUGGGGCUUAUUAUCCACCCCUGGAUGGCCUGGACCCAUCCAAAAAAUAUGAGAUGGGCAGCUUCGAGUGUGUAGACGUGGCUGUGGAGAGAGAGGAACCCAAGGCGAGGAGAGGAGUGCCCAAGAGACAGAUCCAGCUGAAAAGAAGGAAUACGGCCGAGCUGAAGCUGGGUGAGAACAGGGAUGGUAGUCCCAUCAUGGUUCCUAGUCCUGUAAUGGUUCCUGUGGCUCCUGUGGUUACAAAGGACAGUCCUUCUCUACAGAGACACAACAGAGAGACGUUGCAGAGACAACACAGCACACCUGCUGCUUUGCAGGAAGCCUACCGCCCGGGACCCAGCCCUAAACCUGCAACUGAGCAGACCGAAAGGAAGGGCAAGCACCAGAAGUCUUUGUCCCUUGACGAGACAUGUACCAAAACCAAGAUGGCCACUUGCCUGAUCAAGAGCAUCCUCUCCAAGAAGAUGCAGAAUGUUGGUAAACAAACCGACCAGGAAGGAGGAGGUGACCUCAGCCCCUCUGAGAACAAAACCCCUCCUCCUCCUGAAAGUGAAGUGUCAACCAUUAAAGAGUCCCCGAAACCAGAGACACAGAAUCUGAGUUCCAGCAUAAAUUCAGAAGACAGUCUUUCCUCUGAGGACCUGGCUGUGAGAAGAGAGACGAGCCCAAACACUGACGUAAACAGACAACAGAGAAGUUUCGGGGUGAAACCCAGUAUUAGACCAACAAACCGUACUAUUAAUAUUAACUCGACUUCUCCACUGCGAAGCAACAAGAGACCUGAACCAACCUGCACAACCCCUGAGAUGAGUCCUGGUGCACGUUUUGCUCCAGUUACCUCUCCUCAGGGAAACAAUAGAAUUGAAUCUCACUGCAACAGAACCCCUAACCAUGUUAGCCCUUGGAUGAGGUCUGAGCCCCCUACUACUAGUUGUCCUCAGAGAAACAAUGACAGAAUUGAAUCUCCUGUCAGAAACCCAAACUCUUGGAGAACUGACCCGGUCAAACCAGAGGUGAGGUCUGAACUGGUGUUCCCGUUUGAGAGUACAAAACACACAGAGAAGAACGCCAGGAUGGGAGUAAAGCAGACGCAUGACAGUAAAUGUAGGCAUGAGAGGGAUGACAGUAAACGGAGGGAUGAGAAGGAUGACAAACAGGGAGGUGACUCAGCAGAUGCAGCUGCCCGGAACACCGGCGUUCUUGCUGCCACUCGAGCCAACAGCAUGCAGGCAGGAAUGACAAACAUAAAAAAGCUGGACUACCACUCUGACUCUGAAGACCAUAAACAUCCGAGCAUCAAGAGCACCUACACAUCCAAAACACCAGAGAUCACUCUAAAACCCAGCCCUGUUACAGAGAAAAAGAAAACCUCUUCUCUAAACGUCUCACUGUCGCCCGAGCUGGAAACUAAACUUGAGGUUAAACACGAGACUGCCUCCCCUGGGAGGACCUGUCAGAGAGAAACAAGAGAAGAAGACAGGAGAGUGGAGACUUCACAUAGAGAAACCAGAGAAGAAGACAGGAGAGUGGAGACUUCACAUAGAGAAUCCAGAGAAGAAGACAGGAGAAUAGGGACUUCACAUAGAGAAACAAGAGAAGAAGACAGGAGAGUGGAGACUUCACAUAGAGAAACCAGAGAAGAAGACAGGAGAGUGGAGACUUCUAAUAGAGAAUCCAGAGAAGAAGACAGGAGAAUAGGGACUUCACAUAGAGAAAAAAGAGAAGAAGACAGGAGAGUGGAGACUUCUAAUAGAGAAACCAUAGAAGAAGAGAAGGGAGUGAAGACCUUGAACAAGAUGAAUGAACAGACUGAGAAUGUGGAUACCAAUAGGAAGGGUAAAGCCAAAGCUCCCCUGCACAAAGUGAGAGAUGUUAGAAGGCUGGUGAAAAACACAUACAACCUGUCAUUCAAGGCCAUGCCAGCACCAGAGAAGGAGGAGAGGAGGGAGGAGAGCGUGGAGGAGAGGAGAGAGGAGAGGAGAGAGGAACAGGGAGAGGAAAGGGGGGAGGAUAGAAAAGAGGAGAGGAGGGAGGAAAGGAGUGAGGAGAGAUAUGAAGACAGGAAAGAGGAAAAGCCGAUGCCUCGUCCUCAGCCAAUGCAGAUAGAAUACAAAGCUGUCAGCUGGAGAGAAAACAAAAACAAAACAAGAACGUUCAACCAAACAGACAGAGAAAUGUCUAGAGGCAAACCUAAGGUUGAUUCUUUACAGCAGGUGUCCACAGAUACAACCAAAGUACCCAAGGACCCUUCUGAUGUAACAGCUAAGAGUUGCACAACAGAGGAAGUAGCUGUGACAGAGACAGAGUUAAACCAACACAAUGACACUGUCAAAACAGAAACAGGCAACACCAAGGUGAAACCCAGUGAAACAGAGUCACCGAGAGUAACCAGGAGACACCGAAGUGUAUCAGAGUCUAGUGACAAACCUGAAGUGGUGAGAAGAGAUACAAAGCCACCUAUGCUGGGCAGCAGCCCUAAACUCCCCAUUAAAGACAAAGAAGUGUCUAGUGCUUCUCUGGUGCUACAGGAUGGAUCCAAUAAGCCCAAGUCAUUCUCAGCCUUAGCUCCAGCCUCCCCGGCCGCGACGUCUCCUGCUCCCUCCUGCCCUACUCCAGCCUCUCCAGCCCUGGUCCCAGUCCCAGCCUCCCCAGCACCUGCCUCAUCCCCAGCCCCAGCUCCAAAACUGGUCUCCUCACCUGGUCGCAAAGCUUCACCAGCUCCAGCUUCUCCUCCAGCCCCAACCUCAUCCCCAGCUUCAGUUCUAGGCACUCCACAUUCUUCUGUCCCCACCAAGACCCCCACCCCUACCCCCACCCACUCUGUGUCCAUACUGGUCAAGGAGAAGGGCUACCAGGCAGAUAUUGGGUCUGUGGUCUCUGAGGCUGUGUCAGAGGAGAUAACAAGGAGUGGGGGUGAAGGUGGGGGUGGAGGGGUCCCAAGGAAACAUAUAAACCGAAUAGAGAUCCCUCUUCAGACCCGUGGACCCUCAGAUGGGGGUACGAGUGACUCACACAGACAGAGAACCUACUCGUCCUCGUCUACAUCCUCUGUGCAAGCAGCCUCAUCCGCAUCAUCCUCAAGCACUGUGCAAGCAGCCUCAUCCGUAUCAUCCUCAAGCACUGUGCAAGCAGCCUCAUCCGUAUCAUCCUCAAGCACUGUGCAAGGUGCGUCAUCCUUCUCCUCGUCUUCUGUCAAUGUGUCAACCUCAGCCUCAUCCUUUUCGUCAUCUUCCGUCAAUGCAUCAGUCUCUUCCUCUCCUACCCAUUCGGUCCCAAGUUCUCCCAGGCUUCGAAGAGUCUCCACUCAAACGGAUGACAGAGUUAGGACCACUUUUAAUCAGGAGAGGGUUAGUGUCAGAGCCACAGUCAGAGACAUAGAGCAACGCACGGCAUCAUCACCACCACCCCCACAGAAGAAAACACAAGAAGACACUGCUGAAAAGGAGACAGUGAAGAAAUCAACCUACUCACCUAAGUUACCAGGUUCGCUACCAGGCUCACCAGCACUGAUGAGAAGAUACCGACCACAAGUGAUCGAGGUGAGGUCGUUGUCUAAAGAAAUACAUAAACAAGAUAAACAAGAGAAGACCAUCAUGUCAAGCACCAGACCACAAACUAUAGAGGUUCACUCAAUAGCCAACGGUCCACCAGUGGCACCGAAACCAAAGUUCAGACAAACAGAUGCAAAUUCACUGUCCAGUGAAACACAGCAGAAACCAGCGGAGGCAACAUUAAGCUUCAACCAGCACACAGAAGAGGAGAGAGCUGUGCCCAAUGAGAAACCAUCGACUUCAGCUACAACAAUCCAAAGACAUCUAUCGAAUGAUUCAACCCCAGCACCUAACUAUAAUAAAAAGUUAUCAGUUUCUGCAGUGUCCAGCUACAGGCCUCCACCUACCAAGACAACAAUCAUCGCUAGUUUCUCUCACAAACCAGCAUCAACAACAGUAGACACAGAGACAUCAAAUGAAAGGCCAAAGCAACCAGGGGCCUCAACCCAAGGACAAGGACAGGCCCCCAGCUACACACAGAGACCCACAACCCUCACAGUCUCAGCCCCAGCUCCUACCCACGCCCCCGCUGCCCCAGUCCCUGCCCAAGUCCCUACCCAUGCCCCUGCCAAACACUCAAACCAGUCAGCUGUUGUGGAUAUAACCAGCCACCCGCACAAUCUCAAAACAACAACAGUGUGCCCUCAGGAGCAAACAAUGCCGGUUACUUUCAACAAUACAAACCAACCUGCCACGGUAUCCACAAACACACAGGCCCCCAUAUACACACACCACAUACACACACAGCAGCCCGUACACAGAUCCUUGUCCAGCGACCACCCGCAGAGGGUAGAUGACCUCCAUUUCUACGCAUCAGACGACCCCCCUAGCUACGACGAGAGGGAGAGGUUCAGCCCCCUCCACCUACCUGACCUGCCACAGAGGAAGCUGAACCGCUACCACCCCUCCUCUUCCUUCUCCUCUGCCUCCUCCCGUCCCCCUCCCUGCUCCUGCACCUCUGGUUGCCCAUCCCACGGCCUCACACCCCCUCACCACCACCACUCUCCCCACACCCCUCCCUUCCCCUCCCACUCCCCCGGCCAGGUGCUGCCUUACUCCGUGGGGGGUCAACCCCCUCUCCGCCCACACCAGUGCAGAGCAGAUCCCCAGCCUCUGAGUUCAAUCAGCUACCAGCCCAGCUCUCCCAAAUCAUCCACCCUCCCCAGCCCCACCCAGCCCCCCCCAGGCAUGUACCAGUCCCUCCACCAACCCCAGCCCUCCAUGCUCCAGCCCUGCCCGGCCGACCGCCCUCUCCAGCACCCCCAACACAUGGACCCCCGUCGGGCCCCCCCGCUCCACCGCUCCCCUCACGGCCAGCCACCUGUCUCUGGGGGCCCCUACAGUGACCACAGCCACUCUCCUAAUCUGCCCCCUAUGGACCCUCAGUACCUGUGCAGCCCACAGAGCCUGGGGCCAUCGUAUGGGUCUGAGUAUGGGAGUCUGUCUGGGUCUGACUACCCAGACAGUACUGGUGGUCUGGGGUACGGGCAAACCCCUCGCAGGGUCCUCAUGGAUCCUGACACAGGGAAGUACUUCUACAUUGAGGUGCCUGUGCAGCCACUGAGGAAGAUGCUGUUUGAUCCAGAGACGGGCCAGUACGUGGAGGUGCUCAUCCCCCAGAGUACCAUGUCUCACUCAGGCCUCUACCCUACCUCGGCCGCACCCUACUCCCCCGCCUCUGCGGCCCCCUUUUCCUCCAUCCACAACCCCAACAUGUACGCCCCCGCCCCCCAGUACCUCCCCUAUGGUCCACCUGCACCUCACCCCCAGCCCCAGCCACCCCGCCACCCAGAGGCUCCAGCCCCAGGGACGAUGCACCAGAAUGGGGCUCAGGUCGGCUACGGGAGCCCCGGGAGCCAGGGUUCCAAGCCGGAGCCCCAGAAUCAUGCACCUCUGGACCAGAGCUACCUGGAGAGCAUGUACUACGUCCCUACAGGCAUGAACACUAGCCCCCCGGACUGCUACCACAAACAACCCUCCAGUCUGCCCAACACGGGGGGGAAGAGGGCCUGAAAUAGUCGUCUUCCUGGUGCCUGUAAGAUCUCAGAAUACAGCCAGGUCAGGGUGUAUAUGAGGAGGUCUAAUGUUAGACUCAGGCCUUAUUGUUAGCUUUGUUUCCCUGGCAACUGGACUGGAGAGAAUGAUUCUUUAGUUGUGGUUGUUUGUUGUUUUAUUGUUUUGUUGUUUAUGUUCUUCAUUGCUUUUUAUUCGUCUGAUUGCCUGAUUAUGUUUGCUUUUUAUGCAUUGAUUUGGUAAGAGAAAAAAACAUGAUCAUGUUGAAGGUCCUUGAUGAUCUUUCUGGGAUUUCUUAUUUUAUUUUUCUUCGACAAAAACAAAAAGUGACAAUUUUCUACCGUUUACCUAACAGCCAAAAGGUGUGCCUUAUCCAUUCUCAUAGAUUGUUCAUUAAAUCUAAACAAACACUUACUGUUCGCAUUUACAUUACAUUUAGAUAGAUGUUUCAACUGAUCACAUUACAUUUAGAUACAUGUUUCAACUGAUCACAUUACAUUUAGAUACAUGUUUCAACUGAUCACAUUACAUUUAGAUACAUGUUUCAACUGAUCACAUUACAUUUAGAUACAUGUUUCAACUGAUCACAUUACGUUUAGAUACAUGUUUCAACUGAUCACAUUACAUUUAGAUACAUGUUUCAACUGAUCACAUUACAUUUAGAUACAUGUUUCAACUGAUCACAUUACAUUUAGAUACAUGUUUCAACUGAUCACAUUACAUUUAGAUAGAUGUUUCAACUGAUCACAUUACAUUUAGAUACAUGUUUCAACUGAUCACAUUACAUUUAGAUAGAUGUUUCAACUGAUCACAUUACAUUUAGAUAGAUGUUUCAACUGAUCACAUUACAUUUAGAUACAUGUUUCAACUGAUCACAUUACAUUUAGAUAGAUGUUUCAACUGAUCAUGAACAUUCAUACAUCUAAUAUUUGAAAUAAAUUCACUUUGUAUUAAAACCAAUAUCUCCCACAAACUUCAAACUGCUAUCUUGGGAAGAUCUCAUGUAUGUCAUGUUUUUCUCUGUUUAUUUCUGAAUGAGUAGGUUUUGUUCACAGAGAAGAUGCAAUGACACCAAUAGAAAUGUGUAAAAUAUUGAAUGUAAUAAAACUACUGUAGAAUGCC